AUGUCUCAAUCAGACGAUUCAGAGUCGCAGCCGGAUGCUGAUGGCGAUGCGCCAUCAUCGAAGAAGCUCAAAUCUGAGAAUGCCCACAAAUUCAUGGUCAGUGAUCUGAGUCUCCUUGAGACUGCAGACUUCAGCGACGUGAUAUUGCGCUGCGGCAACAAGGCAUGGAACGUUCACAAGAGCAUCGUCUGCAAGAGAUGCGUCUGGUUUGAGAAAGCCCUUACUGGUAGCUUCGAGGAAGCCGAGACCAAAAAGAUCACGCUCACCGACAUCGCGCCAGAGCUUGUCGAAGUUGUUGUCCGCUACCUCUACUCAGGUGCCAUCGACAACGCCGCCGUCCAAAAGUGCGAGGGCGAUUCCAUCGUCAGCAAGUACGUCAGCCUCUGGUCCGUCGCCGACUUCUUCCUCCUAGAGCCACUCCAGAAGGACGUCAUUUCCGCCAUUGAAGGUCAUUUCGAGGUCAACAUGAAGCUCAUGUGUGACGCGAAAUGGUACAUUGGUGGCGAUGAGGGCAAAGCCAUUGUUCAAGAGUUCUUCAGUGGUGCGGCCGCUACGUACCGUCACUUUCCACACGCCAAGCCCUGUCGAGAAGUCCUCAUAGACUACGCGCAUGCCAUAAGGCUGAACCUGUACCGUUCGGAUGACUUCGUCCAAAGAAUCGACGAAUUUCCCGAGCUUGCCUCCGACCUGUUCCUGGUUGCAGUCAAGGGGCGCGAGAGCAGGUGGGCUGGCAGCUGCAAGGCGGAUUACCGCAAUUAUUGGGCGCAUUACAAGUGCAUGGGCUGCAAAUGCGUUGCCAAAGAGACGGCCAGCUGGCAUGUGGAUCCACAGACGACAGGCAAGAACAUCAGGAUCAUGGAGGUCUCGUGGAAGUGCGAGACGUGCGUGGGAAAGUCAGGCUAUCCAUGGGAGGGUCGUCGUGACGCACAGCCUGAGAAGUAG